AUGGACUCCGCAACAUCGACUGCGACUUCCCUCCUAGACAUCCCCACAGCUGUGCCAGAACUCGCUCUUGAUGACCCUGUGCCCGCUCACCAUGCCAGCCCUGUCGUGGCCUUCAUAAUCGGGCUCGCUAUUGUUACCCUCGCGUCGAUCCUUAAUGCUGCGGGACUGAACUUGACGAAGCUAGACCAUGUGCGGACGAGUGCAAUACCGAAAUCCGCGCGGAGAAAAGAGUACUUACGACCAUUAUGGCUGCUCGGCAUGAUAUUAUACAUCACCCUGGCACUGGAAUACAUGCGGGCAGAAUACGUCGCGCCAUUGGGCUCUACAUCUCUAAUCUUCAACUUCCUCUUUGCCAAGUUCCUGGUCAAUACCCCUGUUACGAAGAACGACAUUUACGGUACCAUCAUAGUAAUUAUCGGCGUCAUCGGCAUAGUUGCUUUUGGCUCGAUUAAUAGCGGACUCGGGACGGAAACGGAUGCGCGACACCUCACGUACCUCUGGACACGCGGGAACUGGCUCGUCUACUUCUUCUUCAUGGCUUUCUCCCUCAUCCUCCUCUUCAAUUUCACGUCGCAACUGGAUCAGGUACUCACCGCGCGUGGGGACCUGAACGCAGAGCCAUUCGCGGGUAUGCGGGCGCGCGCAGGAGCAACACCACCUGCACCAACGUUCAUCGGCAGAGUUUUCGCCUUCUGGCGGCACGCGACUUUGUGGUCAAGAGAGCAGCUCGAAUCGUGGACAGCUCCACAUGACGAUAAGCGUAUCGCGUGGACUCUCGGAAUCGGUUGGGCCUGUUGUGGUGGCGGUCUUGCGGGCGGAUGUCUUGUCUUUGCUAAAGCUGCCGUGAAGCUGAUUUCGGGGUCUAUGUCGCACGAGAACACCGGCAACCAAUUCGGCCACGCUUCAUCCAUCUUCACGUUCAUCCUACUCGCCGUGACUGCAGUCUGUCAGAUCGUCUGCCUUAACAAGGGUCUAGCGAUAUAUGACUCCACCCUCGUUGUACCCGUCUUCUAUGGCGUAUACACCGGGCUAGGGUUAAUUUUCAACGACGAGGUGGACGCAUACAAGUCCUGGACGCUAUUCCUCAUAUUCGUCUCCAUGCUCGUCCUUGUCUCUGGCGUCGUGCUUCUGACAUAUAAGAAGCCAGCCGAUAAGGUCGGCGAUCCACCCCCAUCCGCCGUCCCGCUCUCCUCGCGCGGACGCCGUACCCUGAGGAAAGGUGGCUCGGGAGACGACGAAGAGGAGGCUUUGCGCGACCUGGAGGAGGGAGAGCAAGAUGAAGUCGUAUGGCAACUUGGCGAUGCCAGCGAUGAAGAGGACGAGGACGGGCGGCGCUCCCCACGCCCUACGUCACCACGACCGCAAGGCUCGCCACGGCUGCAACGGCGUGCUUCAGGGAUGAAACUGGGCAUGGGUUCGGGUCAGCCACGACAACGAGGAGAAGGCGAGUACGAGAGCAUGAUGGCCAGCCACGAAGCGGACGAGGAAGAGACGGGUCACCGCGAGUCCACCUCUUCGGACGCUACGCUCGCGCGGCCAGAUACGGCGCCUUUCGUCGACGACGACGGGUUCGGGCCGUGGAAGGCCAAUGAUGGCGGAAAGCUGACUGCGUAA